AACAAAAGAUAUCCAGAUUUUGGGCUUGCCAACGAUGUUUUCAAACGUACUUUAUAAACGUUUUUUUAAUCUGCUGAUGAAAUUAUAAUACUUAAAAUUGUGAGUAUUUGAUUUUUUUACUUAACAAAGUUCGUUUUUCUACUGUAGUAUAAAAAACAAACUAUAUAUUUUUCUAGUUUUGAAAGUCUAAGUUUGUAACAAGUACGCGAAUGCAACAUGACUCUCUCAGGUUCGCGAGGGACCCCUAUUGGUCAGAACCGGCCAUUGAUCUUCCCAAUGGAGGAGAGGAGGAGGAGGAGGAGGCUUGAGAAGAAGAUGCUGACAUCCGCAGCCACCGACUUGAAUAAUUGAGCAUGGCCGUGGUUUUGUUUUUAAAAUAUGUUGUGAAAUUAAGGCAGAUGUAAUUCUGAGUCAUCCAGGAUGAAGAUGGCGUCUCCGUGCACGGAACAAGCCGUGCAGGAGUUCCUGUUAGAGAAAGGAGGGAGGGUCCAGCAGAUGGAGCUGAUCGAUCAUUUCACGUCACUGUGCGGUUUUGAUGAGCAGUCAAAUGAAGAGGUGGACCGGGACGUUCUCAAACGCAUUGUUGACAGUGUGGGCUUCGUGAAGGUGGAGAACGGCGUUAAAUUCGUGUGUUUGAAGACUGAAGGCAGCGUGGAGUCGGUGAUGCGUUCGGACGCGGACAGCCACGAUCACGCGGAGUGUAACGGCAACGUCCAGGACACGCUGGACAACAAGCAUGUGUACGGUAACCCUGAAAACGGAGACCAAACAGGAGCAUCAAAUCCACCGCUGACCAGCUUGGACAAUGGCAAACAUUCAAAUGACAACGAGCAACCUGCAACCCCCUCUCAGCCCGAGACCAACACUGGGACUCCUACCACAGCUGGAGGAGGGGAGGUGAGACUGAGGGACAGGAGGAGGCGAGAGUCGGCUCCAACUAUUGGGAUGCAAGAUCUGGACCAGGCCCACUGUGCUGGGUCCCUAAACCAGUCAGUGAGAGGAGCACGCAGGGUGUCCAAAGGAUCCCAGCGGGCCAUGCUGGUCAGCUGCCUCUCUGAAGACAGUGCGCUGGAAGGACUGGAGUCCAUUGGGGAAAUCAGAACACCAAAAGGAAGUCGUAGGAACUUCAUAGAACUGAUGAUGACCAGUUCUCCUCAGGUUCGCAGGUCUCUGAUCAAUCGUGGCUCACGCAUCCGAGACUCGAUGAAGAGCGACGGGGACUCUGCAUCCGUUCUUUCCUCAAACACUGAUGAAGACUGUGCGUCGGUGACUCUGGACCCGCUGGAGCAUGAGUGGAUGCUUUGUGCCUCAGACGGCCUGUGGGAGAGUCUGCAGCCGCUGCUCGCUGUCGAACCGAGCCUCGUGGCCAAAAAAGACUUUGUGACGGGCUUCACCUGCCUCCACUGGGCGGCCAAGCAGGGCAAAGCUGAGCUGCUCUCCCAGCUGCUGUCCUUUGCCAAGGAGAACACAAUACCUGUUAAUGUGAACGUGAGAUCGAGUGCUGGAUACACACCGCUACACCUGGCUGCCAUGCAUGGACACACACAGGUGGUUCGUGUGCUGCUGUCAGAUUGGGAAGCGGACCCAGAAACACGAGAUUACAGCGGCAGGCGAGCCAUCCAGUACCUGGCUCCGCCGCUGGCAGCUGACCUGCAGAAGGAAGGAGCGGCCACCUCACCGGGACCGGGUUCCGACACUGAUUAUGCCAACAGCGGCGGCGGAAUACGUGGCUGGAGACUCCCCAAAGUCCUCCAGGGUAACCUGAACCCACUACGGCUCCUGAACUCGCCGGCAGAGACGUCAAAUGAGUCGGCGGGGACUGAGAAAACCAAGGGGGGCUUGCAGAGGAAGACGUCUCUGAGCCGGCUGAACGUCCGGCUUCAUCGUGGGCGCCACCGAGCUCAGAUCAUCCACAGCGCCUCCUUCAGGGACACCGGAGAGGUGGGAAGAGAGGAACUACCCAGAAGUCCUCUUCGAACUCGACCUCUGUCCAACCUGUUUGGAUGAAGUGCAACCAGCAGUAUAGAAGUAGCAUAUGUAGAUUUAUAAUCUGACAGGUCAGAUUUUCAUUUGGAAAACAGAACAGCUGGAGUUUUUCUGUUGACGUUUACUGGAGAAACUAGAAAGGCUUUUGUUCCUGAUGCAGUAAAGAAAGGGAGGGCACAGUUUACGUAGCAAUUUAUUUCCAACGGUCUAAAAAAAACAUUUUCCAACCUUUUUUAAUGUAUUUUCUAGAAGCAGCUAAACACUACUUCAGGAAUUGGAAGAUUUUUCACACGAACGGCAUUAGAGUGGGUUUUCACGUUAGCAUAGCAUCAACAAAACUGACAGCACUUUUUAUUCGUUCAACACUAGUCGCCAAAACCUUUUUUUUAUUUUUAUUUUUUACAAAGUAAAUUAUUUAUAGAGUUCUGUUUCUACACUCCCAAGUUCUCAAUAGUGGUAUGGUGCAGAUGUUUUUGUUGCAUUUCUACAAUGUGAACAAAUGUCCUGAUUUUCUAAGUAGCAGAUUUUAUUAUUCUACACGGAUUCAUUCAUUCAUGCAUUCAUUUGUAUGCUCAGCUCAUGUGCACUUGUCACUUUAAACUUUGAAGGUUGUCUUUGGGGGUUAGAACUAAAUAGGGGUUUCUUUUCCCGAUUAUUAUAUAUAUAUAUAUAUAUAUAUAUAUAUAUAUAUAUAUAUAUAUAUAUAUAUAUAUAGACAGAUUUUUAUUUUAUAGUUUCCACAAAAAAUGUCAGGAGCACAGAAUUAAGAAAUUAUUUAAAUUUUUUUUGUUUAAAACAAAAAAAUUUUGACAUUUGCGGCUGCUUUAGCAAAGCGAACGCACACAGAGCACAUUUUUAAAAAAAUUUUUUUUACUAACUACAAUGGUUUUGAACAUUCACUUUAAUAUAUUUAAUCAUGUUUUCUUUCAAAUUAAGCUGAACUCUCAAAACAUGACACAAAGUUUGUUGUUUCCUGCAGAAACUUUUCAUUAAACAUUUAAAAAUGAUAAAUUAUUUCAGACAGAAGCAGCUGAUCACAGAUUAUUGUUCCUUUUGGAGUAAACAGACAUUCCAGAAACUUUUAAUGUGUGUUAUUUAUUAAUACACAUUUACCUAAAUUUGCACAUACACAAUGGUUAUGGUUUAUUUUUUUAGUGCUUGCAACUAGCAGGAGUUGUUCUCCUGUAUUUGCUCAGCAGCAUCAUGAAGACUUCCUGACUGUUCUCCCAAACAUGUGAACCUCCAAAAUUUAACUUUUUGAUUUCUUGAAUGUCCCUUUUAUAUUCUCUAGCAUUUCUACUCAGAUGUAAUUCUAUGGUUUCCACAUUCCUGUAGAAAUGUUUUAAUAUAUGUCCUUUCUCAUCAGCACGAGUUAUUUUCUACUGUAAAUGUUUGUGACGUGAAAUUCUGUGAAGUUAUUCUGCGGUGCUGAAUCAUGCGAGUCACUUUUGUCUUUCUUGAUUCAUUUAAUUAAACGUUAAAGCAAUAAA